ACAAGAUGUCAUAAACUACCUUUCCCUUUACGGGUCAGAUGAUGGACCGGAUUGGUGGAACCACCUUCGGUACGAGAUCACUGACGAAAUGCCUGACGCGGAAAAGUUUCGUCAGGUACCGAAGUAUGUUUGGUGGGAGAUGCGGCCAGAGGUGAUGCGAGUGGCCAGUGAGGCUAAUGACAACUGGGCUAAUUUCAAGGUUGAAAUGCAAAGGCGGUACCGGUUGGGGGAUGGACUCCUCACGGUGGAGGACCUGGAAAGGUUGGAGCGGUCAGACUUCACGACAAUAGGAGCCUUUGCAACCGCUUUUGAAAAAUUUGCGAGGAAAGUCCCAGGAUUGGCAGAAGAGACCCAGUGCGCGAUAUUCCUAAGCAGUUUCACUGAGUGUGAACGGGUGUCGCUCACCAGGAAGGGAGUUGUGGGGCGAAAGCUAACUUGGGAAACCAUCACACAAAGUUUGGCUGAUGGGGAGUUGGAUCAAGUAUACCAGUUUCAAAUGAAACAGCAACGCCAGAAGCGGAAGGCUAGGGCUGCCGCUGAAACAGCUGGAAUUAAUCUCCAGCAACUUAUUACGGAUGGGAUAGCACAGUAUCAGGCUACACAGCAAAAACCGGUAGGAAAGAAGGUGAUGGUGGUCACUCAGCCGGCGACAAAGACGACGAAGAAAGGAAAAACAGUGGAGCAGGUGGAAGAAGAGGAUGAGGAGGAGGAAGAAGAGGAGCCGGUGAAAUUGACGAAAAAUCAGCGAAAGGCUAGGAACCAGGCCAUGGGCGGUCAAGGGACAGGAAAAGGAGUACAAACUUCGACGCCGGCUCAGGCGAAUGCUAAUCAAGUAAGCGCAGUAGGAGUUCCGCCGCAAGCACAGGCUUCGCCACCACAAUGGCCAGAAGUUUUCCCCACGGUCUGGCCAGGAUUCAAUCCCUGUAUUUCAUGGCCAGAUUUCGCCCAGCAGGGACAGUUUACAGGAGGAUUCAUGCCUCAAUCCAUAGGAGGGUGCGCGAACGCUUCAAGCCAAGGAGGAGAACAGCAGCAGCAGCAGGCAGCCGCGCCUAAGAAUAGCCAACCUAAUCAAGGGGCUGGUCAAGGACAAGGCCAGCAGCAAGGAGGAAAUGGACAGGGUGGCCAAGGGCGAGGAGGAGGAGGUCGUGGUCGUGGGUUUGGCAAUGGUGGUCAAGGACGAAGAGGUGGAGGUUGGAAUGGGCAAGGAGGAGGCGAUAGGCCUCGGUUUGAUUGGAGGAAUGCCACUUGCCACCAUUGUACGCAGAAAGGACAUACUUUGAAGUUUUGCCAAAUCCGAAAGAUGGACGAGGAAGAGAGAUUGAUAUCUUCGAACUUGGAUGGAGACAUCUAUGACAAAUUCGAAGAGUAUAUAGAUCCCAAGGUUCCAGGCGGCAUUCGAAAGGAGGCGCUCCGACCGCCAAAGCUCCAUGAGGAAUUCAAGGCUAGACUUUCCCGGCGACGAGUAGCAAGUGUGAGGCGUGGUAAUCUUAUCCCAGCUGAAGCCCAUUGGGCGACUCCUGGAACUAAGAUGGAUUGGAAAUCAGUCGCGACCGGGAGCGUGAACCUGGUCAUAAAGGGGAAGUCGUGCAAUGGGAUGCUGGACACGGGAGCAGAAAUGAAUAUCAUUAAGGAAGCAGAUGCGCUUCGACUAGGACUAGAUAUAGACAGGGAAGACAUGGGUUUCCUAUAUGGCGCGAGUGGACGGACACCCUUCAUCGGGACAGCCGCGAAUGUCGUUGUGGAAGUGGGGAAGGUGAAGGUAAGGUCCUGCUUUUAUGUCAUGCCAAAUUUGGACCAUCCUCUGUUGCUAGGAAGGUCAUUCCUUUGCCGAACAGAGUCAGUGAUUUUAAAUAAGCAUGACGACACUAUUUACGUCAUACUGAGUGAUCCGGUUUGCGGCAACUACGAGAUUAUUACCUGUCAUAAUACAAGUCCUCGUGGUAUGAGGAACAGGCCUAACCCAGGUUCAUUUACCUUCGAGGAGUCCGAGGAAGAAAGGAGGCGGCUCAUGGAGAAAGAUGAAGUGGAGAGUGAGCCAUAUGGUGAGAUGUCGCUGAGCUUGACAAGUAUCAACGACGCAAUGGAGAUAGUCUCAGCGUAUGGAAUGGCGGAUCCUGUGGCGGUACAGGCGCUGAAGGAAAGGGUUGCGGAUGGCGAAGGUGAAGUGGAAUUGGUGUAUCGAUUACCAAUGAAGGAAGGAGAUAUGGAAGAAUCUCAAGGCCAUGAGAGUGUGAGUAGAAGUCAGGAUCCUGUAAAGGAUAUGGAAGAGGACGAGUUUGAGGAAGGAGAAAUAACAGAAGCGUUUCGUGCAGAGGAAUAUGAUAGUGUGUAUCGGGAAUUAGGGUUGCUUCUCUCGUGUGAGAUCAGGGAGAGAGAGGCUUCCCUAAGGGUGCAUGAGAUGCGGUCGCGAUUUGUAGUGCGUGAUGAACACCUCUUUAUCAAAAACGAGGUUAGAAAUCCAAGGCGAGUGAUUUGUGGGAGACAUCGUCAGAUCGAUAUGAUAGCAGCACUGCACGAUGGACUUGCUGGAGGCCAUAGAGCUUUUGCACUUACUUAUGCUAAGGCGCGCGAGCUUUACUACUGGGAAGGUAUGAGCGAGAUGAUUCGUAAGUAUUGCGAGUCGUGUGUUCCAUGCCAGAUCAGAGCCUCAACUAAGUAUAAGGAGCCUCUACAUCCGAGGAUUGAGCGAGAUGCGGGGGCAGUGGUCUAUUUGGACCUACUGGCCAUGCCACCGGGAGUGGGAGGCUAUAAUUACAUUUUCGACGCUCGCGAUAAUCUCACAGGUUUUGUGGAUGGAAGGGUCAUCCGCAAUAAGACAGGUGAGACUCUGGCUAUAUGCAUCAUGGAAUACUUUCUUAGAUAUCCCUUUGUCAUGGAGUUUGUGAUGGACAGAGGUUCCGAGUUCACCUGUGGAGAGGUAAAGGACUUGCUGCGGGGAUAUGGUGUGAAGGCAAGCUAUACGACGAGGGCUCAUCCACAGGCGAAUGCUCCGGUGGAAAGGGGACAUACCACCCUUACAAGCUUAUUGGCAAAGUGGACGGAUGGUAAAGAAAAUCAGUGGCCUAAGCAUCUGCGUGCAGCCUUCUUCGUAGAAAAUAUUACAAUCAAGAGGUCCACGAAGUAUGCCCCAGCGUCUUUAUGGUAUAGAAGGCACGCUACGCUUCCUAUAGAGAGCUUUCUGACGACGUGGAGGCGGCAGGGUAUGGAGACCAACUUGACCUUCGAAGAAUUGCUGGAUCUGCGGGCAAGGCAGGUUGGCAUUGCUGAAGAGAAAAUUCAGGAAGUCGCGGAUGGAGUGAUGGACAGUCGUAUGAAGGACAAGGAGAGGUGGGACCGCCUUCCACGAGUCAGAAAGGAGCCACUCGAAGUGGGAGACGUAGUGUUGCUGUAUGAAUCGUCUCUGGAGAAACAAUGGCCGCGAUAUGGGUUGGGGAGCGACAGCGGGAUCGGAGGCAGGGUGGGAGAAGAGCAACAUGAUAUCCCACGUGUGCAUCAUAUGGAGAGAGGAGCGGAUUAUGGUGAGACAGCUAUAGAGGCUGCUCAUGAGGAGAGAGUCAGUGUCGUUGAGAGGCCAUCUGAGGCUACGACAGGAGGAGAGGAGGCUAUAUUACCUACGAGUGAGUGGCAUGACGGCUCGCCGGCGCCGAGUGUGGAGGUAGUGCGAGAGCUCGAGGCAGAGAGAGCUGGUCAGGAGGAGACUCAGAGAGUGGAGGAGAUUGUUCAGCCAGAUGAGACGGCGGUGGCCCCAGACAUGGGAGCGGAUACGUUGGGAGGUUCGCUAUCUCAGCAAGAGAGUGUGUCCCGAGCAUCAUCAGGAAAUAGGGGAGAUCGACCGCUGAGGUGGAGAGACGCCCAUGGUGUGAUAGAUGGGCUACCAGCGAUUGAGGUGUGGUCUACGGAUGAGCCGGUCACUACAUCAGUAGGGCAAGAGCAGCAGGGGGAGGUUGAGACAUUGUUAUCGCUAGGGGAGCUGCCUGUGUUGGAGGAGGCUCAGACGGGUGAGGAGCCGCAGAGAUCAGAGGAUUCCCUGACUACCCUACUAUAUACUAUUGAGUCCCCUAGCCUGUUGAUGCAGCAGGAAGAGUCCCAAUUGGCGGACGGAGAGAGAGAGACGCAGCGUAUAGAAGAUGAGGUGCUGAGGAUAGACCCGGGGGCCCACAUGGAUGAUCUCCACGCAGACGGCUUGGUGUCGUCACCGCUAGUCUUCGAUGAGACUCCUCGUCGAGAUGACGAGAGAGAGGGAGGCAGUAUGGGUGCUCAUGCCGGGACAGAUAUGAGGUCUACUCAGGAUGAGCCGGAGACCCAGAGAGGGGAGCCCUCAACUGAGACACAGAGGGUAGAGGAGCGUGAGCAGGCUGGAGGAGACACAUGGUUAGCUGAGGAGAUGAGGAGGAUGCCGCCAUUACGUUUCCCUAGCUGGGAGGCUUUUGAGCAGGUAGGCCAGGCUGCUAGGCCGGUUUUAUCUGAGGAUCAGAGGAUUGGAGGACUUAGAGUGCUCCAUGAUGACCUCACACUGCAGAGGGACUACAUCGCCAGAGGCCUUACUGCAGCACGCCAGACGACUGAGGAUAUGAGAGACUAUGCUCGGAGAGUCGCUACUAGGUCCUUUGAGUUGUGCAGUGAAAGACAGGAGGAGCACGAAGUUUUGGGAGCAUUGGUGGAGGACAUCCGUUCUUUGGUAGAGAGGAGAGAAGUUCAGACUUUAGAGGAGGCUGAGGCGGUGUUGCGUAUCCAAGCAAGGGAAGAAAGUGACUGGAGGGCACAGGUACAGAGGGUGCUUAAAGAGUAUGAGCCUCCCGCAGACGCAUCAGACAGGGAUCGUUUGGAGCGCAGAGCCGUCCUCGAGACCGUGCGUGCCUCUCAGUUGGAGAGCCAGAUAUCAACCCUGGUCAGGCUGAGGAGAGAGACGGAGGAGCGGACAAUGCAGUUGUUCUACGAGGAUGCUACGACAGCCGGAUGGCAGGAGGAGGUCAGACUGCGACGACAGACGGGAGCAGAGCCCAUGCCGACAGAGGAGCAAGAGAGGGCAGAGGCCGGACUCCAGGCGAGGUUGUUAUCCGAGGCAUCUGUGAGAGAGUUGGCGGAGGUCAUGCAGCAUGUCAGGCGUUUGUCUCGAUCAGAGGUCGAGCGGGGUGAGACGCUGCAGGACGUAGUGCGGAGGAUGGACGCGUUGGAGAGAGAGAACAGGGGGUUGAGAGAUACGGUUCAGGGCCUCAGCCUGAGCAUGGAGAGUUUGAGGCGACUGACGUUGCACGUCGAGCAGAGGGUUCUGAGUUUUGAGCAGGGGCAGAGGACUCGCGUGCCGACAGGGCCGGUUGGUGAGAGAGCUUCAGGGGGAUCAUAUUCUACUACAGAGCGGAUGCGAGUUUUUCGGGAGACGGAGCCAUGGACCUUGGGUUUGGGAGUCACCAGACAAGACAGUUGGGCAGAAGGAUCUAUGGGAGUUAGACCGGCAUCAGAGGGAGAGACUAGCACUGUGGACAAGUUUAUGCUUGCCAUAUGUGAGGUAGCACCCGUGGGACAGGGGCAGGUGCGUACUAUGGACCAGACUCCCCCUGUAGAGUUGGGAAUACGAGAGGGAGUUGUGGAGCCCCGAGAUGGCAUACUUCGAGACGGCGCGCAGGAUCCAUAUGUGACACCAUUCGGGACCUUGCCCACCGCCGCAUCUCCGAGCCCUGACGUGAUGGAGGAGGUGGCUCGCGGACUUGCUCAGAGGUCUGCCGCAUAGGUUGGGGGGAGAUUCACUGAAGGAUCGGCGAGGGUGUCGAGUCCUGAUGUGGUGGACAGAGCUAUACAGGAGGUGAC